AUGAGCAACGGCAUUGGUAAGUAUGGCCUUAGUAACUUUUAUGCCAUUUCGUUGACCUCGGAAAUGAAGCGGCAACUGAUGGUUCGAAUCAACGACGAGGUGAACCAAAGGCGUUCGCUGACGAUCGAAAGGGCAGAAUUAGUGUGUCAGCAUCUUAAUCAGUGUUUCGAACCCAGCCUUUGUACGAUUCGUUUGGCGAUGAACAUUGUGGCGAAACUGUUGUCCUUCCGAGUGGCCGAAGAAAGGGUGAUCGACUCGUACCGUAAGCUUUUGUGUUACUUAUCGAACGUGAUCGAUCGUACCAAUGCGAGCGAGCUUGCAGACGGUAUGCGUAGGAUUUCGUUGGCUUCGCUCGAAGGGGGCAAUGUCCCGUUUCAAGCGUUCCCCGUGACGGUGACGAAGUGCAUCAUGGUGUUAAUUUAUCAGCUUCCCAUCGUCGACGUGUUUGAGCGAAAGAUCAUCCACCAUGCGUUGCGGUCCACACUGCGCUGGAACAAACUGAUGCCGGACGCGUACAAGCAGUGCGGAUUCGGAUCGCUCAUACGGUGUGCCAUUGUUUCGGCGAACAAUCUGUCCGAUGAUCUGGCAGCGGUCACCGAGUUGCUUGCCCUCGUGUGGCAGCUUUUCGACGUAUACUACAGCGGUACGCCACGAUCGGAAGUACAUCCUGUUGAUGUACUGCUACGAUCGGCGUACGAUCGCAUCUUUUCGCGUCUGACUAGCGAGUGGGCCGAUGCGAAAUGCUUCGCACUGCUGAUCGCCGUCUUGUACGAUCUGCUGAAGCGACCCAUCGAUGGGUUCUUAAAGCUGCGUAUCGUCCGGCUGCUGAGCGAUGCUGCGGGUGGUGGUCUUCGGCGUCUAGUGCGGCUACUCUCCAUUCGUCAGCACGUCCGGGCCGAUGUCACAAUGGCAGCUCGAGUGAAAAUUGUUCUGACACGCAUCAUCACACAGAACCUGUUCCGGUACGAGUGCGAACAGAAUGUUCAGCGAUGGCAGGAAUUGACGAAGGGCAUCGAAUGGAUGGUCAAUUCCGUUUACCUUACCGAGCUGGUCGAUGCCCGGUUCAUUUGCCUUCAUUUGCCGCGCGAGAAGCUCAGCUUGGAAAACGUUUGCUUCAUGUUUAUCGUACGCCAUCUGGAUGUCCUCGGUGGGCUUCUGGAUCCCCGAACGGAGUUGGACUAUGUGUACAAUCUGGUGACCGCAGUUAACAUCAUCUAUCACAAGCGUUGGAAUGUGCCCGGCUUUUUGGUAAAGCAUUUUAUCGACGGAAUGUCGAAAUUUUCUAACCACAACUUGUGGCAGCAGAACGGUACGGAAUCGCAAAAAUGGCUAAAGGCCAUCCUUCCCAAAGGAGAACCGUCAUCAUCGGGGGUCAACAUAUUUGGCCGACUUCCGGUCACAAUCCAGCGCAUCCAGUGGAUCAAGCUGCAACCGCGGGGCUUCCGAGAGCUCUGCAUCGUCCACCAGCAGUACGAGUUUCUCCGCGAUGUGUACAUUGUGACGUGGGACGAAAAACUUCUUACCACGAUGCAAUCCUCGUUCUCGGUUACCACCCUAAUGACGGUAAUACACGGCAAGCGGUUCUCAUGUAGGGCGCGCGUGAAUGCUUCCUGGUUGCUUUCGAAACGUGCCCUUCCUGGCACCCAGCUGACCAAGGUUUAUCACAACAUCACGCGCCAUAUUCACAAACCCACCGACAGUUGGAUGUACUGGGCGAGAGCCAUCUACGGUUCCAUCGACGGGAUGGACACAGCCAAGAAGCGUACCCUAUGGGCUGAGCUUACAACGGCAUCUGGCAAGGACAAUGAAGAGGUAAAAUGCUUGGUUUUCGAGCUGCAGGCUCGGCUGUUGAUCAGUAUGCUAAGCGAAGAGACCGAUUCCGAGCCGAGUGGCCACGCACGCACCAACAACGCAAUCGAACCGUUGUCAAAGAAACAAAAGAUUUGA